AUGCAGCCGGUACAGCCCAAUCCGAGCCUCAUGGGGCUGACGCAGUCGGAAGCGGUCAUCCUGUCCGAGAAGCUUUACCACAUCAGCAACGAAGGGUUCAUGUACUGCACCAAGAAGUGCAUUACGCACUACGGCGAUGACGCCAUCCCGUACCAUCCCGGCGAGAAGGCGUGCCUAGAUCGCUGCAUCAGCAAGGUCCGCAACGGCAUGUACAUGGCGAUCGAUCACAAGAAGGAGUUCGAGCAGAAGUUGCGCAGCGGAGACCUGCCGUAUCAAUGGAUGAAAGACGCGGCAGCGGGUAACAUGUGA